AUGAAGGGACAGGGGCUGCAAGAGGGGACGGUCCGAACCUACUGGGUCCUGCCCGUGCCGUCUAGCCCCUUGGAGGGAUCCCAACCUGCUCACAGAUUGGAUUCGCCCCCAACUGCCCGCUUAUAUGCCAAAGUGCGGUUGAAGCCCAUCAACCACUCCAAGUUCACCGGCAAGUGUGGCAAGGCCCAGUGCAUCGAGUGCCAAAUGGGUCCUGUCCAGAAAUCCAAGGACAAGACCAAGGGGUCACGGAAAUUGGAGCCGAACAAUGCUGUCUCUAGUCAUCGGUUGAUCACUUGGCAGGUUGUCCAUGGCAGAACCGGUUCGAAUUUUGUUGCCCUUUCUGCCUCGGGGCUGCUAGAUCACUUAGCUCAUGAGUCCAAUGACAGUGAUGAGAGCUAUGAUCACGAAUAUGAUGCUUCAGAUGAUGAUGAUGUGUCUGAUGGAGAUCCAUGGACUGGAAAUUCAUGGUGA